AUGCAGCUGCUCCUGUCUUUCAGAAAGUCAUACAGAUUUUUGUCUUCACUCUUUCUUAGUGAACUGGACUACCAUGAUGCUGCAAGUGUCAAUGAUAGAUGCCAAAAGAUAUGUGACCAAUGGGACAGCCUGGGAACACUUACUCAGAAAAGGAGAGAGGCACUGGAGAGGACAGAGAAAUUGCUCGAAACAAUUGAUCAGCUUCACCUGGAGUUUGCCAAAAGAGCUGCUCCUUUCAACAACUGGAUGGAAGGUGCUAUGGAAGACCUACAGGAUAUGUUUAUUGUUCAUAGCAUAGAGGAAAUUCAGAGUUUAAUCUCUGCACAUGAUCAAUUUAAAGCUACUUUGCCAGAAGCAGAUGGUGAAAGACAGGCCAUACUGUCGAUCCAGAAUGAAGUUGAAAAAGUUAUUCAGAGUUACAGCAUGAGAAUAAGCGCAAGUAAUCCUUACAGCACUGUUACUGUGGACGAGAUUCGUAGCAAGUGGGAAAAGGUGAAGCAGCUGGUGCCUCAGAGGGAUCAAUCCUUGCAGGAGGAACUAGCCCGCCAGCAUGCCAAUGAGCGCCUGCGUCGCCAGUUUGCUGCUCAGGCCAAUGUCAUUGGGCCAUGGAUCCAGACCAAGAUGGAGGAAAUUGCCCGCAGCUCUAUUGAAAUGACAGGGCCUUUGGAGGACCAGAUGAAUCAGCUGAAGCAAUAUGAGCACAAUAUCAUUAAUUAUAAACACAACAUUGACAAACUGGAAGGAGAUCAUCAGCUUAUACAAGAAGCUCUGGUGUUUGACAACAAGCACACCAACUAUACUAUGGAGCACAUCCGUGUUGGAUGGGAGCUCCUACUUACCACCAUUGCUCGAACUAUCAAUGAGGUUGAGACUCAGAUUCUCACAAGAGAUGCCAAGGGUAUCACCCAGGAACAAAUGAAUGACUUCAGAGCAUCAUUCAAUCAUUUUGACAGGAGGAAGAACGGAUUGAUGGACCACGAUGAUUUCAGAGCUUGCUUAAUUUCAAUGGGUUAUGAUUUGGGUGAAGCUGAGUUUGCCCGAAUCAUGUCUCUGGUUGACCCCAAUGGGCAAGGAACUGUCACUUUCCAGUCCUUCAUUGACUUCAUGACCAGAGAAACGGCAGACACAGACACGGCUGAGCAAGUGAUAGCUUCCUUCAGAAUCCUGGCUUCAGAUAAGCCUUAUAUCCUGGCAGAUGAGUUACGCCGAGAGCUGCCUCCUGAGCAAGCUCAAUACUGCAUCAAGAGAAUGCCUCCGUACACCGGCCCAGGUUCUGUUCCUGGGGCUCUGGAUUACACCUCUUUUUCAUCAGCACUGUAUGGAGAGAGCGACCUCUGAUUCUGUAAUUGGCCGUCUUCACAGUAGACAGUAAAAAUACCCACCUUAUUGCCCAGAUUGCUUCUCAAAAGCUUUGACAAGCUGAUUUAAAAAUGAGUUUUACAAAUACAGUAGGUACCGUCAGUGUAAAGUGCUAGUAACUAAAGUAACUAUUGUAUAUUAAAGUGUGCAGCAUGCUAGAUUUCUGCAUUGUUGGUUUUAGGUUGUCUGUCCUAUACAGUGAUAGAAAAAACAU